GUCCUCUGCCUGUUAUCUCCCAGCAACAAAUUUAUGACAUUGAUUAUAAUGAAUUCAUCAGAACUACUGUAAUUAGAGAAUUUGGAUCAACAUAUAAUUCUGAGUGGAAACAUUUAAGUUCAAGGUGGUGA